AUGGUUCACAACGUUCUUUUAGGUGUCAUCGGCGGCAGCGGCUUCUACGAGCUCUCCGGAUUUGAACAUGUCAAAACAGUCAAUCCCGAAACGCCCUGGGGGUUCCCCUCUUCACCAAUCAACAUUGUGAAAUCCAAAACUGGCCUCCACGUGGCAUUUUUAGCACGACACGGUGUUGGUCACCGCUAUACGCCGACGGAAAUCCCUGUUCGGGCAAAUAUUGCUGCGUUGAAGAGCCUGGGUGUUCAGGCCAUUCUUGCCUUUAGCGCUGUUGGUUCGCUACGCGAGGAAAUCCCGCCCGAAGACUUUGUUUUGCCGAAUCAGAUCAUCGAUCGUACUUUGUGUGCUCGACCCAACACCUUCUUCCCUUCAGGAUGUGUUGCACAUGUGAGUUUCGGUGACCCUUUUGAUGCAGACUUGGCACGCAUUGUCGCUCAAUGUGCAGGCGCUCUUGAACGCGGGGCAAAGUUGCACGUGCCCACCGUGGAUCAUGACCUCACCGUUGUGUGUAUGGAGGGCCCCGCAUUUAGUACACGUGCUGAAAGCAAACUUUACCGAAGCUGGGGAGCAAGUGUCAUUAACAUGUCCGUCAUUCCCGAGGCAAAGCUUGCUCGGGAGGCUGAGAUUGCCUACCAAAUGGUUUGUAUGGCUACGGACUACGAUUGCUGGCGCAAGUCCGAGCGCCCCGUCACCGUGAACGAGGUCAUGACGCAUCUGUCUAACAACACGGACAACGCGAAGCAGCUCUUGACGCAAGUCAUUAAGCUUCUCGAACCCGAGCUGCGCAAGGGCUCCAUCGGCGAGACCCUGCGUGGUGCCGUCCAGCAUGGCAUCCAAACCAACCAUGCUCAUCGUGAUCCUGCCGUGGUCGGCAAAUUGCGUUUCCUGUUCCCAAGUCUGUAA